CAACGGAACAGAACGUGAUAUGCAGAUUCCGAUCUUUUUCUUUGCUUUUAAUCUUUAGUAUUCACGAAAUCAUGAUGGACAAUCAUAAUUUCAAACCGAGGUUAUGAUGAGAUUGAUAUCGGGGACGUUCCCGUCCGUCAAGCCUCGCGAUCACAACCCUAUCUCUAAAUCGAAAACGUUGAAAACCCAAUUCCCGAUUUCUUCAUCCACUUCUUCCCAACAAAACUCCAAGGUUUCAAACCCCAAAUCAUGGUCCGUCUAUCUCAUUCUCUCGACCAAGGAACCCAUCAAAACCUAUGUCGGCAUCACCACCGAUUUCGCACGCCGAUUAAAGCAGCACAAUGGUGAAAUCAAAGGAGGUGCAAAAGCUUCAAGUGCAGGAAGACCUUGGCUCUGCGCCUGCAUCAUCACUGGAUUCACUUGUCUAAGCAAAGCUUCCUCGUUUGAAUCGAAAUGGAAGAUCUUCACCAGAAAGUUACCGAGGAGAAAGAAAGGCGAGGAGAUGAGUCAGAGUGAAGCUUUGUUGCAACACCGGAGGAGAGCAUUGGAUAAAGUCCACGACUCACUAGAAUGCAGUCACCUCCAAACUGACUGGAAAAUUGCGACCAGGUAAAACACAACUAACUUAUGUUGGGACUUCAGAAAGAGUAGUAGAACCCCAUGAGAUCUUGUCGCUUUUGAGGAACGCACUAUUCCAAUGUAUUGGUACACAAAACGUAAAAGCAAAUGUAUUAAAGAUUUGAUUUGGUUUUUGUCGGCAGUAUGUAUAUAAAUAAAAUAAUCAGCUUUAAGUUUUAA